UCUUGCCUUAGCACUGCAACAUGAGAGGUUCUAUUAACCUCCAUAUCUACUUCUUUUGGAGCUUCACUUUAUUCAGUUUCUUUUCCAAUAUUGUAACAUCUGUGAAUACCUUAACUGCAAUCCAAUCUCUUGAAAUUAACCAAACCCUUGUAUCUCCCAAUCAAGUGUUUGAGUUUGGCUUCUUUAGACCAAGCACCUCUAGAUGGUACUUGGGUAUAUGGUACAAGGACAUUCCUGAGAGAAUAGUGGUUUGGGUUGCAAACAGAGACACCCCACUUGAAAAUUCCAAUGGAACUCUCAAGAUUGGAGACAAUGGAGACCUUGUUCUUCUCAAUCAAACAGGUAAAUCCAUAUGGUCAUCAAAUGAAACCACUGCUACUAACCCAGUUAUUCAGAUUUUGGAUAGUGGGAAUUUGAUUCUAAUAGAAGCAAACGAGAAAAACACAAGCAACUAUCUGUGGCAGAGCUUUGAUUAUCCCACAGAUACUUUGUUACCAGGUAUGAAGCUAGGUAGGAACCUGGAAACUGGCAUGGAGCACCGUUUAACAUCAUGGAAAAGCCUUGAUGAUCCAUCAAGUGGAGAUUUUUCCUACAGGAUGGAAUAUCACGGGCUUCCUGAAUUUUUCUUAAGGAACAAACAGAUCAAGGAAUAUCGAAGUGGGCCAUGGAAUGGUUUGAUAUUCAGCGCAUUACCAGUUCUGAGCUCAAAUUUUAUUCUUCAAGAUAACAUGUCUUUCGAUGCAACGGAAGUAUACUACUUCAUUUCAAAGGUCAAUAAUUCAAAGCAUACUAGACUUGCAAUGAACUGGACAGGUGAAAUCCAACGCCAUGUAUGGGUAGAAAGCAGCCAAAGUUGGAACAAAUUAUGGUAUGCACCUAAUGAUGAAUGUGACAAAUAUGUUAGGUGUGGUCCAUUUGGUAUCUGUGAUUCAAGUGCUUUCCCGGUAUGCAGCUGUAUUCAAGGGUUCCAUGCAAAAAAUCAGGUGGAAUGGAAUUUGAGAGACUUUUCUGAGGGGUGUGUGAGAAACACAGGACUGGAUUGUGGGAAGGACAAGUUUCUGCGUGUGCAGCAUGUGGAACUACCAGAAACAACGAUAGUUUUUGUGAACAUGAGCAUGACACUUAAUGAUUGUGAAGAUAUGUGCAUGAAAAAUUGUUCUUGCACUGCUUUUGCAAACGUGGAGAUUACUAAUGGAGGGACUGGUUGUGUAAUGUGGACUGAUGAGCUCUUAGACAUGAGGCAGUUUGCUGCUGGUGGCCAAGAUCUUUAUGUCAGAUUAGCAGCUUCUGAUGUUGUAGAUGAAGAUCACACAGGAUCUGCUGGUAGCUCUGACAAGAAAAAUAAUGUAGGUAGGGUUGUCGGCAUUACAGUUACUACAGCUACUGUGAUUUUGGGAGUGAGCAUGUAUUGUUUAUGGAAGAGGAGAAAAUUGCAAAGUAUUUGGAAAUGGAAAACCAUACAGAAAGGUAUUACAAAAUUAAAGUCCAUCAUUAGAAAUCAGCAUCCUGAGGUAACAUUUAGAGAUCCCUCAGGUGAAAGGAAUAUGGAUGACCUGGAGUUGCCCUUGUUUGAUUUCAAUACCAUAACAAUGGCUACAAACAACUUCUCAGAAGCAAAUGAACUCGGACAAGGAGGUUUUGGCUGUGUUUAUAGGGGUAGGUUAGUUGAUGGUCAAGAGAUAGCUGUGAAAAGGUUAUCAAAAACCUCUGGGCAAGGAAUAGAAGAAUUCAAGAAUGAGGUCAAGUCAAUUGCAAAGCUUCAACAUAGAAAUCUUGUACGACUGUUUGGUUGUUGCGUUGAGAAGGAUGAGCAGAUGUUGGUCUACGAAUACAUGGAAAAUAACAGCCUAGACUCUAUUUUAUUUGACAAAGCCAAAUGCUCCUUACUAGAUUGGCAAAUACGCUUCAACAUUAUAUGUGGAAUAGCUAGAGGGCUUCUUUAUCUCCACCAAGAUUCCAGGCUUAGAAUUAUCCACAGGGAUCUCAAGGGAAGCAAUGUUCUACUUGAUAGAGAAAUGAACCCAAAGAUAUCAGAUUUUGGGAUGGCUAGAAUUUUCGGCAGUGAUCAAACACAAGCAAAUACAAGGAGAGUUGUUGGAACAUAUGGCUAUAUGUCACCUGAAUAUGCAAUGGACGGGCUCUUUUCAGUGAAAUCUGAUGUUUUCAGUUUUGGAGUUCUGGUGCUAGAGAUCAUAAGUGGCAAAAAGAAUAGAGGAUUUUAUUUAUCAGAAGAGUCAAAUCUUCUUGGAAAUUCAUGGAAGCACUGGAAAGAAGGGAAGGCAUUGGAACUGAUAGAUUCAUCAUUUGCUAAUUCCUAUUCAGCAUCGGAAGUUUUGAGAUGCAUACAUGUUGGCCUCAUAUGUGUCCAAGAACGAGCAGAAGAUAGGCCAACAAUAUCUUCUGUGGUCUUGAUGUUGGGUAGUGAAACUGCAUCAAUGCCACAGCCUAAAAACCCUGGUUUUGUCCUUGGAAAGAGUCCUACUGAUACUGACUCUUCAGCUAAGCAAGAAGAAUCAUACACAGUGAACCAAGUCACAAUCACAGAUGUAGAUGCUCGGUAGGGGAAGAAAUAUAACUGCAAAUUUCACUUUGAUGAUUUUUGCUUCUUGUGUUUCACUACAAUUUUUUUUUUACCACUUUGGGUCUUCUCUACUAUCUUAGGUUUACACAAUGAGCACCUGCACACAAAAUUACCGCAACAUAAAUUGUGAGAACUAAGAAACAAAAGAAAACUCAGAAUUUUGAUCCAACAGCAUAGCAUAUAAAUACGAACAUUUACUAAGAAACCUGCAUUGCAGUCAUUUCCUGUACAUCAGAUGAUUCUCUCCA